GUUUAAUACCUUUCAGAGAUUACUAUUCACUAAAAUACAAUACACAACCGUUCGAUGAUCUUCGGCGGUUUUAACAGGGGUUCCCUUUCAUCACACCUCUUGUUCCAGUGUUUUUGUGUUUUAAUGAGGACUGUGAGGGUUUUUAACUGAUCAUGGGCAAGAGCUGCAAGGUGGUGGUGUGUGGUCAGGCAUCGGUGGGAAAAACUGCUGUCUUGGAGCAGUUACUAUAUGCCAACCAUAUCGUAGGUUCUGAAACCAUGGAGACGCUGGAGGACAUUUACAUUGGGUCUGUGGAAACGGACCGUGGAACACGAGAACAGGUGCGGUUUUACGACACAAGAGGGUUACGUGAUGGUCAGGAGUUUCCACGGCACUACUUCAGUUUUGCUGAUGGAUUUGUGCUUGUCUACGGCAUUGACAGCAAAGAGUCUUUCAAACGCAUGGAGGCCUUGAAGAAAGAUAUCGACCGCUGCCGUGAUAAAAAAGAGGUGACAAUCGUUGUUCUGGGUAAUAAGUUGGACCAGCAGAAUCAGAGGAGAGUGGACAGUGAGACGGCUCAACAAUGGGCUCGGCAGGAGAAGGUCAGGCUGUGGGAGGUGUCCGUGACUGACAGACGAACACUCAUUGAGCCCUUUGUCCAUCUGGCCAGCAAAAUGACCCAACCUCAGAGCAAAUCCACCUUCCCUCUGAGCCGUAACAAGAACAAGGGCUCCCUGGACAGCUAGAGAAAGAGCUGAGAAAAAAGUGGAGAAAUGUCAAUAUGAAAAAUAUAUACGAGUAUAAAGAGAGAACUACAUGUGGAAGAGAACCUCGACACUAGUCAAUUUUAUAUCUUUUAAAACUUUCAGCACAAUGUAUGAAGUUACUGCAUUUAUGAUUCAUAUAUAUUGAGGGAUUUUUUUUUAUGACUGCAUAUGUUACUGUUUGUGAUAUUAAACUCAUGCACAUCCUGAAAAGACUGAUGGACAAAACAAAAGAUAGAGCUGUUUCUUACCUCUGUACCUCUGAGCUGCAUAUGUGGAAAAAAACUACUAGACUUGCAUUCAUUGCAGACAGUGUAUUUUGUAUCUGAUAUUGCCAUGAUGACUGCCAUUCUUUGACAUCAACAUGACAGAAGUCUUAAUUUUAUGAUGUAGACUGUGUGGAUGCUUUUCAUAUAAUCUCUUGGUGUUUAUAUUUUUGCUUUCAUGUUCAAGACAUCUUGCUGUUACAACACAUUCCUAUUUUAAAAAUGUAAAAUUGAUGUAUUCCACAAUAAAUCGAUAUUUAUGUGUUUGUGUGAACGAGCAUCACCAAUGUGCUGUUGCACUGCUUGCGUUCAUUUUAGUUGUAAACAUUGUGACUUGUCUGUCAUAUGUAGACAGUUUGUGUUUUUGAAUAAUAUUGUAUGCUUUUGAAAUCUAUGUCCCAUCAUAGCUAGGGUGUCUGUUAUUUCUAAUCAGCAAAAGUGUGACUUAUGAAGGUUUUACUCUACAUUGUUUACUGAGAUGGAUUGGCACUGAUUUGCUUUGUACUUGGACAUCUUUCAAACAUUAUUUCCUUGUCUUAAAGCAUUAAUUACUGUAUGACCCUCUUUCCACAUGUUAAUAAAGAUGCCUGGCUGGCAUUGUUUUACCUCUCAAUAACCUUUUCUUCAAGCAGUCAUUCAUCUCUAAUUAUGGCUCAGUUUAUUCAGUACUUAACUUAAAAUCAUUGUGAUGUUCUACUUAGACAAUACAUUUA